AUGCCUGGCAGCAAGAGUGUCAACAAGAUUGACGACAGGAACAUGGAGUCUAGGACCAAUGGUAAUGGCCCAAGAAAUCUGUCCGGAAAAUCGUCAUCGUCGCCGGAGGGAGCUGGAGUACAGAGAGCGCCAUUGCAUUCAUCACCACGACAAAUAGACCAAACAAUCACGAGAGAUAUGAUAAACCAAUUGCUUGCUAGAGGGCAGCAUAGCGUUCCACAGGUCAGUCUUGGUGGAAAUGCUCUACUGCCCUCUUUGAUUGAAGCUCAACGGCAAGCGGCAUUACCGCAAAUACCGCAAAUACCGCAGAUACCACAAAUAUCGCAGGUAGCCACAUCGCUGAAUUCUGUACAGUUGUCCCAACAAUCAGAGCGACACGCUUUGUCGUUUUUGUUGCAAUCGGUUUACCUACAGAACUCCUUGUCGAACAUGAGCCAAUCAAUGUUGAUGAAUAGUAUUUUCGAGCAGAUCUUAAUGGCACAGCCGGCAAAUCCAAUGCCCGGCUUUUUUCCUUCUUCGAUUCCUGCUGCUGCUGCUGCUGCUAUCUCGAACAAUCGAUUUACUACUAUUGGUGCAACGACGACUGAUCCAUCAUUGCAAGGUCUCAUGAUGGCUCAAAACCCCCGAGUAUUGCAUACUGUGAGCGUGGGGAGUGACUCACAGCAACGGCCGCAAAAGCGACAGAGACUGGAAUCUGACUCCUCUCCCGCAAGGGUUCUGGCGUUGCCGGAGGACCAUGAAAUCCUUUCAGAGCAUCAAUUUUUUCUGCGCUCUCAAAUUCAAGCCUUUUGUGCCACCAGUGACGAUAUAUCGACACACACUCGAGGAAGAAACAAGCCAGUGUCGCUUGGGCAGGUUGGAAUUCGCUGUCGACACUGUGCACAUGUUCCAGUGAAACAGAGACAAAAGGGGUCCACCUAUUUCCCAUCUUCUUUGCUGGGGCUGUAUCAAGCAGCACAAAACAUGUGUUCGACACACAUGCAAUGUGGUCUCUGUGAUCAAAUGCCACAUGAAGUCAAACAACAGUUUGCUCAGCUUUUAACCUCCAAGGUUUCGGGAUCUGGUGCUGGGCGUUCCUAUUGGGCCAAGGCGGCAGUGAAACUUGGUUUGGUAGACACGGAGGACGGGAUUCGACUUUCUUCCCACGACCAUGAAGUUCCUAACAUUGGUGGGGCUAUCGCCACAAGGGCAUCAGACCAAACGCUGCCAUGA